CAGGUUUUAAUUAUUACUCAAGAUGUCGAUGGAAACAUCUUUCCUGUCUGUGCUGGCAUUGACUUCACUGCUGUUCUGCUCAACAUACCAAGGUCAUCUGACUGUGAGUCCCAGAACAUCUCAGUAUUUCCAAGGAAAGUCAGUGUCUCUGAGUUGUGAGGAGGAAAACAGCUCUACUGGAUGGACUGUGUGGCGAAACACAACCAGAAGAAGGUCUAAGUGUGGAGAUGGAUGGGGAGAAAUAAAGGGUUCUGUUUGUGUCAUUAAUUAUAUUUUAAGAAAAGAUACUGGAGUGUACUGGUGUGGGUCCAUCAAUGGAUCGUCCAUCAGCAGCAGCAGCAGCAUGAACCUCACUAUUGGUGGAUCAGUGAUCCUGCAGAGUCCUGUCCUCCCUGUGAUGGAGGGAGAUGACGUCACUCUGAGCUGCAGAGCAAGGAAUCCAACCCACAACCUCCCAGCUGCUUUCUAUAAAGAUGGCUCCUUCAUCGGCAACGAGUCUUCAGGCAGCAUGACCCUCCUCCAUGUUUCCAGCUCUGAUGAAGGCCUCUAUAAAUGUAGCAUCAGCGGUUCUGGAGAGUCUCCAUCCAGCAGGGUCUCUAUCAAACAUAAACCUCCAGCCACUUCCAAAGCCCCACCUUCUGGAUCAAGCCCUCUUCAGCUUCUGCUCACUGUUUUCCGACACCUGAUGGUCUUCUGUCCUUACUUCAUCUCCACUUUUCUCUUGGUGUCUAUAUGUCGAAACAAAUGGCCAGCUUCCAACAACAAGGUCUGUGGGGGACAGGCAGAACAGGAAGAUGAGGUUGAAGAUGUUACCAAAGAGCAUCACCUGUAAUCUAAAAAGGUAGAUAGGGAAUUUAUACUUUUGCCAGUCAUUUACUGAUAUGUCUGCUGUUUUCAUACUUAUGCAAGAUGUGAUUUUCUGUUAAAGUGUCCAGACAAUGUGCAGACCCUUUUACAGCUGUCUAUAAAAUAGGUGACAUGUGUAAACCUAAGCUGUCUUAAAGAGUCACCAUAUAUGGAAUGCAUUUUCCUGUACUUGCCUAUGCUGUUGAAUUAUCAUUAUGAUGACAUGCCUAUUCUUUCAAAUGAAUAAAUAUUGAAGGAUUGCA